AUGCUGUUGAUGGUCGGAAGACUGACCUCUCGGCCUUUGGAGGACAAUGUACUGUAUCAGCUGAUGGACACCGAAACGCUACCUGAUGCUAAGAAUGGUUUUACACGAAGAUUUCUGGGAUUUUAUGUGUAUAUAUCAAACACAACAAGCAUUGAAGAUGGUCACUUAUGUUUUCACGACACAAACUACACCAGAUCCACAAUACCAGCUGUCGUCAACUUAACCUGUCCUGUACAUGGGCAAUACGUCAUUUAUUUCAACAAAAGACCCCAGGAAUCAACAAAUGCACGUAACUUUUCUCCAGAUGCACACACUGAUUUGUGUGAAGUGGAAGUAUACGCCUGUCCGGAGGGAACUUUUGGAAAUUACUGUAAACAGAAUUGUAGCGUCAACUGCGGCGUACCAAAAACUUGUAAGAGGACAACUGGAGAAUGUGAAGGAGGAUGUCAGCCGGGCUGGGAGGGACGUCAAUGCGAUCAGAGUAAAAUCCGUAUGCACCUUCAGCUAUUUGUUCGAGACUCCUCACAGCAAUUGUCCCCAAAGUUUAUCGCAGGUUGUAGCUCGGACACAUACGGGUUUGACUGCUUAAACAACUGUAGCAAGAGCUGUAUUAAUAAUACGUGUGACUCUGUCACUGGAUAUUGUCCAAAGACUUACGCUAAUAAUACACUUGGCUCCGUCAUUGGAGGGAUCUGUGGACUUGUCAUUGCUGUUAUCGUUGUAGCUGUUCUGAUUCUGGUUCUAAGAAGGCGCAGUCUACAAGAAGUCGGAAGUGGACAAAUUGGAGGAACAAAGCAUUACAAAAUGGGAAUUGGUGGUGCAGAAUCUACUUCUACUAAUUCAAAACCUCAGUCCUCAACCGAACAUCAAAGAAGUAAACAUAGAGAUAUUGGAAAUCCUAUACACACUAGACGCAAGACGAAGGGUCAUGAUAUUGAUGUCGAUGAAGAUGAGUUGUUACACUUGGAAAAUCCCUAUCGAGACUUUUAUGCAAAUGAAACGACAAUGCUGGACAUACCUCUUAAUCAACUGGAGUCGGUUAUAGCUGAGAAAAGAAAGGAUGGAGAUGCCGGAUUUCAAAAAGAAUAUGCGGCAUUACCAUACGGGGAACUAUUCAAGUGUGAAGCCGGAAAAAGAAAGGAAAAUCUUGAUAAAAAUAGAUAUAAAGCUACAUUUCCCUAUGAUCAUUCAAGGGUAAUAUUGAGAACGAAAUCAGGAUCCGACUACAUCAAUGCAAACUAUAUCGAGGGCCCAGUGAGUGUAAGAGAGUAUAUCGCAGCACAAGGACCAAAGCAGAAUACACUUGACGAUUUUUGGACGAUGAUUUGGCAAGAAAAUGUGUUCUCCAUUGUCAUGUUGACAAACCUGAGAGAAGGACCCUGGAUAAAGUGCCAUCAGUAUUGGCCAGAUGUAGAUAAGAAUGCAAACUAUGGUAAUAUUUUCGUACAAUUGAUGGAGCAAAAAGAGUACGCAUUCUUUAUUGUACGCAGAAUGACUGCAAGACACGAUGAAUCAAAGGAAUCACGGACGGUGACUCAAUACCAUUACACGGCGUGGCCAGACCAUGGAACACCGGAUCCCCUUUGUCUUGUUGUCUUUCUUGAUCACGUGACGAGAACAGGAACCAAUCAGAAUAACUCUCCAACAAUUGUACACUGCAGUGCAGGAAUAGGUAGAACGGGGACAUAUAUAGCGUUGGACGCUCUGGAACGAAAAGGGCGAAAGAGAAAGAAAGUUAACGUAGCAGAAUAUGUCAAAAAGAUGAGAGAAAACAGGAUGAAUAUGGUCCAAACCUACGAACAGUACAUGACGAUUUUUCUGGCUUUGAAUGAAAUAUUUAAGUCACCAGUUAACAUCAAUACUAUCGAAGACUUUGCAAAAAAGGUCGAAACAAUGAAGACAGAUAAACCAGCCAAUCGGAGUUUUUUACGAAAAGAAUUUCAGCUUUUGAUGAAGAUGCGACCAGUAUACACUGACACUGACUUUAUGAUUGCCAAAGAAAUUUGUAAGGUCGGACAUUUCACAGGUGUAUUGCCUUUGGAUAAAUGCAGUGUUCAUCUCUCAGCCCCUGUUCCGAAUCGAGGAAGUUUCAUCAAUGCAAUAUAUUCAUUCAUCAACAAUAAGGCGUUUAUUGUAACGCACUAUCCGCAAGCAGAGGACACUGUUGACUUCCUGCGCCUGGUCAGUGAGCAAGAGUCGAACACUGUCAUCUGUUUGGAUCCACUGAGUGGGAUUGAAUCGAGUAAAAAGUCUCACACAGUGACUGUUAUAGAACCAAGGUUUAGCAUCAACUUUUCCGGAACUCCUCUAGAUACUUCUCAGCUUCGAAGCCUGGUUUCUGUUGCUCUUAGUGUGGAUAGAGAAAAUCCUGUCAUCGUUGUCAGCAGUGAUGGAGCUACCAUUUGUGGUGCCUUUUGUGCAGUUCAUAACGUGAUUCAACAAAUAAACAUGGAUACAAACGUGGACGUUUUUACUUCAGUAAGACAACUUCAAAUUCGAAGACCUGAAUUCUGCUCCAGUAUUGAAGAAUACAGAUUGGUCAUCAAGGCUGUGUAUGACCACAUACAGAGAGGCACUGAAAACAUAUACUUCAAUCAAUAAAAGUGUAUUUCAACAGAGGCUUGAAUUAAUACUGUAAUGCUCACAACUGUGGACAUAUGAAUGCAUAAAUAUAUAGAAAGAAUUGUUUGUGUCGUACUUAGCACAUGUUACAAUACAGGGCUUGUAUCAGCUGUUUGUCAAAUGACUUGUAUUUAAUAGAUACUGUAGAUUCCUAAAUAUACGAGAGGAAUUAAUUAUUGCGUAAUUCCGCCAAAUAAAAUAUCUCGCUUUUAUUUUUAAGGUGAUGAAAUCAAUAUAA